AUGCCAUCCACCAAUACUUCUCGGCAGUCUUCAGUAUCAACAAGAGACUGCACUGUGUGCCCCACCAAUAAAUCCAAACGAUUUGCAACAAGAACGAUCGCCGAUACCAAUCAGACCAACGAUAACACCAACACAAGUACUCCCCAUGACUUGAACGACGAGGACGAUAAAACGAUGCGCAAGAAACGGUGCAUUACAUCACUGACAGCACGCAACGAAGAUGAGCUGUGGGUCGACAUUUCAAACAAGCGAUUGCCCAAUUCCCGUCUCGGUGCCCUCUACGCAGGAUCACGGUUUGUUGGUAUUCAAGAAUGCGGUAGCACGAGUUACGAAGUGGUUGUCGAUAUCCAGCAUGUUGAUUUGAAAGAAAGCACAUUGAGUGGAUACUUGAAUAUCAAAGGCCUUACAACCGAGUUCCCUGAGCUGACAACCUUCUUUCAAGGUGAAAUUGUGGGGCCGAAAUACUCGUUCCUGACUCGCAAAUGGCAAGCCUACCAAAAAAUUGAUUCAGCCCAUUGGGAACGGUUCCCAUCCUUCAAGCCCUAUGCUGAUGUCUUCAAUCAAGAUGGUUUUGUCUAUGAUCCGACCGAUAAGGAUUACGUUUAUAUGCGAUGGAAGGAACACUUUCUUGUACCAGAUCACCGUGUCAACAACAUUGAUGGUGCAAGCUUUGCAGGAUUUUAUUAUAUAUGCUACCGGCGAUCUACCAACGAGAUCUCUGGUUACUACUUUUACAGACACCAUUACGAAUUGUAUCAAGAAUUGAAAUUGAGCCAUGUUCAACAACGUUCUUUUGGCAACUUUGAAUUUCGCUGA